CAAAACAAAUCCCAUGAAGUUAGCUGUGUGGCUGUGCAGUGGUACCCGUGUAGACUGAUGAAAAAUAGGCCUAACAAGUUAGGGAGAGAGUAGGUGUUUCAAUGUCAGUAUGGCUGCAGCUAGAACUCUUCUAGAUCUGCCAGAUGAGCUUAUUAUAAAGAUCUUGGACUGCCUUGAUAUACAAUGUCUGGUUAGAUGUGUGGCAUGUACUUGCCAAAGGUUGAAUCAGCUCUCAAAUGCAGAGAACCUAUGGAAGAAAUUUUCAGACUUGUGUUGGUUGGACAAAGAGAGAAAGCAUUCUUCAGAUUCCUGGAAGGAGAAUUUCCUGGAGUGGCACAGGAACUGGGGCAAGUACAUAACUUGUUACGCCAAGGUCAGGUCUGCUUGGAACAAGAUUGAAAGCGCAUUGGAGGCAAGAAGCCCAGGAACAAGAUCAUCUCUCAAAGGGCCGAUAGACCAGAGUGAGCUAGAUGCAAUAGAAGCCAUGAUGGAUCGCCCUUUGCCUCUAGAAUUGGCUUGUUCCUAUCUUAUCCAUAAUGGCCAGGAUGUCAUUCCUGGGAGGGGAUCUCUGCUUGGGAACCUAGAGGUCUAUGACCAUCACAGCAUGGAGGUAGCAGUGCCACUGGCAUUCAAUAUUAAGAAUGCCCUGCCAAAAAUAGGUAUGUUAGCAUUGAGUUGGUGCCCCUACACAAACUAUGGUCAGGUUGUGUGCGUGAGUGAGAAAGUGGGUCUGCCUAUAGGAUGUGUCUACUAUCUCACCCAGGUAAGGAGACAGAAGUUUGCAGGUUAUUUUGUGGAGGCAUCAAACUACAUGGAAUGGUUAGAGAAACUCGCUACCAAGCUUGGAGAUCCAGAACUCAUUGUUUCUUCAUCCAAAAUCACUAGGUUUUACCAUGAACCAUCAUGUGUUGCCGUGACAAGAGAUGUGAAGGUUACUGUGUCAACGUCAUUUGUACCAAGUCUCAGUCACAUCUGGAAGAACAAUAACAUGAGGACUCUGUUUGCAUAUCGGAUCUCCAUGACGAUGGAUGAAAACGUACCAGCCGACAGAUCAUGUAGAUUACUUAGCCGGCAUUGGGAGAUAACUGAUUCCCAGGGACAGUAUCACGAGGUCAACGGUGAGGCGGUGAUUGGACUAUACCCUGUGAUGAAGCCUGGGGCUAAGUUCUCAUACUGUAGCUGGACACCACUCGAUAGUGAUGGUGGUUUCAUGGAGGGUCAUUUUACCUUUGUUAAUCUUAAAACCGGUGAGAACUUUGAUGUGAUAUGUCCUCGCUUCAACUUCAAGUGCCCUGAGAUCAUCCUGUCCAGUGGUGACAUCGAUGAUGAGCAGUUCGAAUCAGAAGACGAUGUCGAUGAUGAAGAUGAUGAUGAAUAUUGAAACUUCCUAUCGCAUGAUGACAAUAAAUUCAAUGGUGAUUGUGAUGUCAUAUUGAAAUCUUUCAGAAUUUUUAUUAGACUGAAUGGUUAAUGUUGAUGAUGAUGCUAUCAUAAAAUCAUAUCGGAACUUGAAAUGCUGAAUAGUUCAUUCAAUGAGGUGAUUUUCUAAUCUCCAUGUUUAUAAUCCAUCGCCUUCCCGCAGAAAGGCUGUUAACGUAUUUUGGCGCCAAAACAUGAAAUUUGUUUUAUUGCAAAUGGAAAAGCAUGUCACGAAAUUUUUUCUGUAACCAUUCUUGAACCUUAAUUUGAUGUCAUGACAUAAUAAGAACAUUCCCAUGUGCUUUAGCACAUAGAUACGUCCGUAGUCUGGGAACAAGACGCUUCUCAACGUGCGUGCGCACAUAGAUCGAUUCGCGCUAGCAGCCUGUCUGCGGUCACUGGAUCAGCGGAUUGCGCAUUUUUCUUCCCGGGAAAAGGGCGUAAGGUAUUUCUUCUUACGAUUAGAAAGCGUUCAGAGUGUUUUAAAUAGAACAAUAAAAAUAUCAAUGAAGAAAACAUCUUGCUUUAUCAGAAAGUAUGAGAAUUAAGACAGAAAAUAAUACACUAGCUGCUUACCCGUUAUUAAUCGGGGGGGGGGGUCAAUUUGACCCCCUUCAACAAAUUUCUUCACUACGAUGUCACGCCGCUCGCUGACUUUUUAUUUUCAAGUCUUGCGCAUCUUUUGCGACCAAAUUUGUAACGCCCGGGUACACGGUUCUGAAAUUACACAACAUUUAAUAAGUGCAUGUCAGACCCAAAAUUGCUCAAAACGUGAUUCCGUGUACAAAGUCAAUAGUUCAUUCAAUGAGGUGAUUUUUCUAAUCUCCAUGUUUAUAAUCCAUCGCCUUCCCGCAGAAAGGCUGUUAACGUAUUUUGGCGCCAAAACAUGAAAUUUGUUUUAUUGCAAAUGGAAAAAGCAUGUCACAAAAUUUUUUCUGUAACCAUUCUUGAACCUUAAUUUGAUGUCAUGACAUAAUAAGCAAAAACAUUCCCAUGUGCUUUAGCACAUAGAUACGUCCUUAGUCUGGGAACAAGACGCUUCUCAACUAGCGUGCGCACAUAGACCGAUUCGCGCUAGCAGCCUGUCUGCGGUCACUGGAUCAGCGGAUUGCGCAUUUUUCUUCCCGGGAAAAGGGCGUAAGGUGUUUCUUCUUACGAUUAGAAAGCGUUCAGAGUGUUUUAAAUAGAACAAUAAAAAUAUCAAUGAAGAAAACAUCUUGCUUUAUCAGAAAGUAUGAGAAUUAGGACAGAAAAUAAUACACUAGCUGCUUAACCGUUAUUAAUCGGGGGGGGGGGGGUCAAUUUGACCCCCUUCAACAAAUUUCUUCACUACGCCGUCACGCCGCUCGCUGAUUUUUUAUUUUCAAGUCUUGCGCAUCUUUUGCGACCAAAUUUGUAACGCCCGGGUACACGGUUCUGAAAUUACACAACAUUUAAUAAGUGCAUGUCAGACCCAAAAUUGCUCAAAACGUGAUUCCGUGUACAAAGUCAAU